UGUUAUUGUUUUAAUGCGUGAAAUACGUCAUACCCUGCUGUAGCUGUCACUUGAAAGUCAACAUCAUCCUAAAAGGUGAGCUCCCUAAGUCCAGGCCACUGUGCCAAAUCAUCAGAAAAGAUGAGCCAGGAGACAUCCAUCCAUAGCUGGCCCGGCUCUUAUUACAUCAACAGCGAGAAACGCUGGGCCAGCGGCAUCCUCUCCUUAAGCCGCACCACCCUACGCUUCAACUCUGAGCCGAAUCAGGAGAAUCUGAUUAGCCUGAGGCUCUCCCGUAUCAUGGAGAUCAAGAUGGAGUCAUCCAGCUUCAUUUUCAGUGCUCUUACUGUGUUGGAGCAGGGAAACAUCAAGCACUGGUUUGGCUCUCUCAAGCCUUGCCGUACUGCCGUUUACCACGUGCUGGAGCACUUCUGGAGGGAACGGCUGCUGUCACCCACAGAGCCCCGUGGAGCUGAAGCGCCUCUUAGUAAGGGCCAGGAGCUGAUCAGCCUGAUAUCUGGAGCCCAGCGGAGGCUGGAGGAUACUGGAAGAGUCCUGAACCACCAGGAAGAGCAGUUUGACAACAUGAUUCAGGGCCUGGACAAGAUCGAGUCAGACCUGAGUGUGGCAGAUAAACUUCUCUCUGAACUUGAGUGUCCUUCUUGGUGGCCUUUUGGCAAACUGCCAUGGAAGAGCCACCAGGAGGCCAAGUCUGAGGCAGCGGCCAAAGCGGCCUGUACUAAAGGUUCGGCCAAGGGACAAAAAGUCAUAACCAGCAUUCCAGCUAUCGUCUCCUAUGUUGGAAGCUCUGGAACCAUGAAACCAGGUAGCCUGAUCGUGUUGGUCUCCUCUCUGGAGGUUCGAGAUGCAAACGGACAGCUCCUCCAUUGCUUUGAGAAGGAAGAGGUGGAUGAUGUCUAUGUGCACAGCCCCUACGAGAUCAGUGUUCGCCAGCGCUUCAUUGGAAAACCUGACAUCUGUUUCCGAAUUCUCUCUGCCAGGAUGACUGAAGCUUUUUCUGUACUGGAGAUGCAGUAUAAGAAGAAAGUUGAGAUCACGCGUGACUAUGCAGCAUUUCAGGCAACUUUGGCAACCACAACAGGAAGCCCAGAAGGUGGAGGAAACAUUUGGAGUGCAGGUCAUGGGCAGGAUACGGAGGUGCCAGUGGAGGUGCCUGCUGGUGAACUGACACAGCUGCAACUUCAAGUGCUUCAUCCCACUGUAACUGAAGCAGAGGCACAGGAGCUAAAACAGAUGCUCCAGCAGGUGAAGAAUCUAGCCCUGGAAGCUGAGACAGAGCUGGAGCGUCAAGACGAGGCUCUGGAUGAAUUGAGCUUUUCUGCUGACCGCACCACCAUGAACAUUAACAGACACACUCGCCGCAUGAGGAAACUACUGUGAACUUAAUGUCACCAGAUUAAUGGUCCACAUAGAUCUGCAACCAGUGUCAUUUUGCAUGGCUUAGCAACUUCACCCCACUGGAAAAAAACAAAUGAGUGAACUACGGCAUAAUUUAAACACCGUAAUCAAUUUACUGUAGUUGUGUAAAUUGUGAUAUUUAAAAAUUUCACAAGAUUCUGUACAUUAUCAACCCUUUAACAGUAAUGCACUCGAAUCCUGCUUUAUUGUCAUUGUUUCAUGUGUGGUGAUUUUUU